AUGGGUGACUGGACUGAUACAUCAUCUGUGUCUAACAUCAACCAGGAGUCUUCUCUAGAAAUGCUCCCUCUGCAAACAUCGCUAUCUCUAGUUUCUUCAGAUCCUCGCCUCUCUCCUGAUGAACCUAGAUCAAACUCUGACAAUCUCCGUGAAUCUCCCACCAAAAGUGCCAGUUCUCAAGAAACUUGGCCUACAACUGAUGCAACUGCAGCAAAAAAGAUGGAGAAUGGGAAAGCUGAGACUAAUUGCCUUGAGCAGUCAGUUAUUCGCCAUGUUUCUAGUGUGGACAAAAUUACUCUUCAGGACAUUGCAAGAGAAAGUGUUGAUAUAAUCUGUGAAAAAAUACAUCGUGUACCUGAGGGAUUUCUGGAAGAGCUGAAGAAUGGACUUCGAGUUAUCCUUGAGCGUGGAAAUGUUUCACAUUAUAGAGAGGAAUUUUUUCUUUUGCGGAAUCUUGUUCAGAGAAGACUUGAUUUAACUGCCAAGACACUGAUUAGAGCACAUCGUGUGCAGCUUGAAAUCCUUGUUGCAAUGAUUACUGGAAUUCAGGGAUUUUUGCAUCCUAGCACCAGUUUAUCACAGACUUCCCUGAUUGAGAUCUUUGGGUAUAAGAGAUGCAGAAACAUAGCAUGUCAAAACCAGCUUCCAGCUGAUGAUUGUACCUGUGAAAUAUGCACAAACAGUAAUGGUUUCUGCAAUCUUUGCAUGUCUGUAAUCUGCAGCAAGUUUGACUUUGAAGUGAAUACAUGCCGCUGGAUUGGAAGUGAUUGGUGUUCUCACUGGACUCACACAGAUUGUGCCAUAAUCCGUGAGCAACUCAUUUGCAUGGGCCCUUCUUUGGAAAGCGAAGAAGGACCAAGUGAAAUGGUUUCUAGGUGUCCAGCAUGCAAGAGGACUUCAGAACUGUGGGGUUGGGUUAAAGAUGUCUUCCUAAACUGUGCACCAUCAUGGGAUGGAGAGGCCUUAAUGAGGGAACUUGAUUAUGUUAGUAGGAUCUUUCAUGGUAGUAAAGACCCAAGAGCAAGGAAACUAUUUUGGAAGUGUGAUGAUCUCAGGGAAAAAUUGAAAAGUGAAAAAAUGGAAUCAAAAGCUGCUUCCAGGGCUAUAUUGAUGUUUUUCCAAGAAUCUCAAGCAGAUGGGAGCAUUGGAGAGAAGAAACCUAAAUUAUCUGGGGAAGAUAGACCUUAUAUGACAGAGUUGAGUGGAUACAAUUUUGAGACCCCGUUCUUUGACAUUGAAUACAAUGGAGCUGUAAGAACUUCACAAUCAUGGGAGAAGGAAUCUGUUUCAACUGAAGAUGGUUAUCAAUGGAGGACGUAUGGUCAAAAAGACAUCCUGAAUGCCAAAUAUCCAAGGAACUACUACAGAUGCACUCACAGAUAUGAUCAAGGUUGCCUAGCAACAAAACAGGUGCAGAGAAUUCAAGAGGAUCCUCCACUUCACAGGACAACCUAUUAUGGAAACCACACUUGUCGUCACGACAGCUCAUAUAAGCUAUUCCGAGGCAAAGAGAAGAUAAGUGAGGCAAAAUGCUCAUGGUCAUUAUUACCUGACAGUUCUGACAAAAGCACUGAUAGAACGACAAAUUCAUGUUCACACGAGUAUUCUGGCCCGUCCUGAAUUUCUAAUACAUAGUUUCAGUUAAUUAAAAUUUUGUAUUUGAGUUCUAUACCCACGACAACUGAACUUAUCAAGGAGAGGAAACAUAAGACUAGCUAAAUAAAUAUUGGAGGAGUGUAGAGUGUUUAAGUAUGAUUUUU